AUGUUCUUGGAGGUCAUGAGCAAGGUCCACAUCUACAUUCCACUAGUGGAGGCACUGCAACAAAGGCCCAAAUAUGCCAAGUUCUUGAAUGAUGUGGUUGCUAAGAAGAGAAAGUGGGGGAAAUACGAGACAGUGGGCUUAACAGAGAAUUGCAGUGCUAUAAUUCGGAAGGGAUUGCCUACCAAAUACAAAGAUCCAGGGAGUUUUACUUUAUCUUGUGUUUUGGGAAAUAAUGUAGAAGUUAAGGCAUUGUGUGAUCUUGGAGCAAGUAUUAAUUUGAUGCCUUUAUCUUUCUACAGGAAGCUUAACAUUGAAAACAUCCGCCCUACUUCAAUCAUCUUGCAAAUGGCAAACAUAAGCACAACAACACCAAGGGGGAUUGUAGAAGAUGUCUUGGAGGACAAGAAUGUGACUUUGAUACUUGGGAGACCAUUUUUAGCCACUUGGGGAGCCAUGAUAGAUGUACAGAAGGGGGAGUUAACAUUGCAGAUGCAUAAUGAAAGUAUCACCUUCAACAUCUAUGACGCUUUGAAAUUCCAUAGGAAAGGAUCAAAGGUUAUCAAGAGUGUAGCAUCAUCCAAAUAG